UUUUAAACGGCGUCUGACCAAAGGGAGGACAGAAAACCCAGAGGACCUACAAUUAUAAGCCAAUUAUCAUUAAAAAAAAAUAUAUAUAUUUAAUUUAAACUCGUGUCUCUCCAUAUUACAGAACUAUUCCAAGGAAAAUGGAAGAUUUGGGAAAAGUACUCUCAUGUACCCACAGGUCUCCAGUCAUGAUUGACUCCCGGAUAAAGUGGAGCGGAACGUUAAAUGGAUUUGUUCAUUGUUUCUGUGCGUGAAAUGAAAAAGGUCUACAAUGAUUUUGGCGUUAUAUUAACUAUGGGCGCGCAUAUCUUGGAGUCUAACUCCAGCGGCAACUUGACUCCUGCGGUAUCUGAGGCUGGGACUGUCCUCCCGGGCUACCUGGCGGUGAUCUUAUCGGUCCUCAUGGUGACUCUGGUUGUCGUUGUUGUGGCUGGAAACGCGCUGGUCAUCAUGGCUUUUGUUGUGGAUAAAACCCUGAGAAUUCAAAGCAACUACUUCUUUCUGAACCUUGCUAUAUCUGAUUUUCUCGUGGGUGCCUUCUGCAUCCCAGUGUACAUCCCGUACAACCUGACAGGCCGCUGGAUGCUGGGUAAGGGGCUCUGCAAGGUGUGGCUGGUUAUGGACUACCUGCUCUGCACCGCCUCAGUCUUCAACAUUGUCCUCAUUAGUUAUGACCGCUUCCUGUCUGUCACAAGAGCAGUUAAAUACAGAGCACAGCGACACAUGACCCGCCAGGCUGUGCUCAAGAUGGUGGCAGUGUGGGUGUUAGCCUUCCUCCUCUACGGCCCCGCCAUCAUCUUCUGGGAGUCGAUCGUCGGCCAGAGCGUCGUCCCCGCUCACGAGUGCUACGCCGAGUUUUAUUUCACCUGGUACUUCCUGCUCAGCGCUUCUACGUUUGAGUUCUUCACCCCGUUUGUGUCCGUGGCUUUCUUCAACCUCAGUAUUUACCUGAACAUCCACCGCAGGACCAAGAACGCAGGCAUCUGCGCCGAGGAGGACCUCAAGGCGCAGAGGAUGAGUAAGAAAUCCCAGCACAGAGACGGAGGAGGCUGGGCGGUGUUUUUCGUGAAGACUCGGAAGGUGUCGUCCACUGAGCCUACUGCCAUCUCCGCCGUUAUCGAGGAUGACGACGGCCUGACCCCUUCCUCCUGUGGGGACCCUACUAACAGUCAGAUAUUCAUGCAGAGGGAGAAGCUCUCUCCUGACCGAAAAAACUCCAGGCUGUUUCAGCACACGGCCUCCUGCAUGGCGCCUCCCGGCCGUAGGACGCAGGGAUCUCGUCUGUCUCGAGACAAAAAGAUCGCCAAAUCUUUGGCCAUUAUUGUCUGCACUUUUGGGAUAUGCUGGGCUCCAUACACUCUGCUGAUGAUCAUUCGUGCCGCCUGUAGCGGUGAAUGCGUGGCGAACUACUGGUAUGACAUCACAUUCUGGCUUCUUUGGCUGAACUCUGCCAUCAACCCGUUCCUUUACCCUCUGUGCCACAGCAGCUUUCGAAGGGCUUUCUCAAAGAUUCUGUGUCCAAAACGACAAUCAGUCCAGCCUCAGAUUGAGGCUCAGUCUUGUUAGAAUUGCACUUCCAUGCUUUAUGAAUGCGGUAACUUCUUGGUCAGACACUGUACAAAUCCAUAUACUGUUCUUCCAUCGAAAAAAAAACUAUUUUUCAAAAAUAAGAAAGAGAUUUGCAUUUAAGUGAGUCGUGCAAGGAUUGUCUGACAGCAAUAUGACAACAACUGCAGUUCUAAUAUCCACAGACAAUCUCUGUAAGUAGGACAAGGAAGAAGGGACCUGGUAUAAGCUUUCUCACCACUUCUUGAUGAGCUCAAUGCUGUGAAAUGAGGAAUUAUGCAGCCAGAUCGAAAGUGAGGACUAUAAUUUACUCUUAAGAUAUUAUACAUGAACCACAUCAUCAUCAAGUUAUUUAAUUAUGGUCUGUCUGCUCGAAAGCACAGUGGAGUUAGACAGCAGCUUUAGCCAACAACCAGUUCCUCACAGAGCUGCUGUGUUUCAUAAUCUCUGCACCCUUUCACUUUAGUUUUCAAAGCGAAGGCCUUGUGGUUAUUUCAAAAAGAUACUUUGCAUUCAUCAUCCUAUUGCUGCAUCAUGAAAAGCAUGAAUUUGCAGAGUCCUCAAAGCUUAAAGCACCUGAAAGAAGAGAAUAGCCUGUAUUGUUUACUGUGUGAACUUUCAUCAUAGUGAUGUUUUAUUUCAUUUUAUCUGAAAAAUGGGCAAGGGUUAGCAGCAGUAAUUAUCUCUAAUGUGCCAACACUGAAUCUGCACUUAAUUUUCAAAAGGUGUUCUUGUUUAUGUUAAAUAUGUACAGCGUUAUAACAUGAGGUCAGCAUUAAACAUUUUGUACAAUAUAUAUGCCAAGCUAGAUGGUUGUGUCCUUAAAGUGCAGUAUUUAUUCAGAGACUUGACUGGUUUUUACCACCUAAACUACUUGACUACUGUAUCUUGGCUAUGAAUGUGUUGGUGUAAGUAGCCAAAGAAAGAAUAAAAAGAAGACUGCCUACAGGCUUCAUAACUCUACGUGUUAUUGGUCAUAUUUGGAACACAGGUAGAGUAGAAGGAAAUGGUUUUAAUAUAUAUUUAAUCAGAAAUACAUCGAUAUAUUGAUACUGAAUUCAUGUCUUUACAUUAAAUUUAAUAGCUACUGCCAGCAGCUGGUUAGCUUAGCAUAAAAGCUGGAAACAGGGGUAACAUAAUCUUCCUGCUCAAAAGUUGUAUUCAUGCCGAAAGUUAAAGAAAUGAACAUCAUGCUGUAUUUAAUAAUACUUGAAACUAGUGAUUGAGACCAAAAAAAGUUUACAGACGUAAUAAAUCUAGAAGAAGUCUCAUUUUCUCAUAGACUACCAUACAAUGGGACUUCUUUUUGCACCAGUGCAGUUGCGUCCUGCUGUUCAUUAGAAAGAAUGCAUUAUUAUUUCCUUACAUUUUAACCCUCCUGUUAUGUUCUAUUCUCAGGAACAGCAAUAAUGUUCAUGGGUCAAUUUGAACCGGGGCAUGUUUAAUUAUCCAAAAGUGUCAGAAAAUAAAAAAUCCCAAUAAACUUUGUUAAUAUUUCAUUACUAACCACUUCAAUCAAUAUUUAGUGCAAUGCUGUUCUUUACCUUCACAGAUAAUGGUUCAAUGAGGAUAAUUCACUAGUUUUUCAUUUAAAAAAUGCAUGUUAAAACUUUUUUUAUGUACAUUGGAAAGACAUAUAAAAUACAAUAGUUUUACAUGACAAUGAUUUUU